AUGCGAACCUUCUUCAACAAGCCUGCAUGGGCAGCCAAAGGAGGUGGUACUACCAAUGAAUUCUAUCGACGGUCUGAACAAACCUAUUCCGACAUUGUUGCGGCCAGUCGAGAGGCACACAAAAAACCCAGAAAUCUCCCGGAAGCGAAUGAAAACAGCAGCAUUAUGUCCAAUGAAGUGACUAAACGUUCUAAGCGCCGACGUCUGUCGGAUGAUCAAAACGAGGAUGCAGCUACUCCUUCUGUGCCACUUGACGAACAGGACAAGGGCAAUGUGAAAGAAGAUAUCCCCCUUCCCGCUUGCCUCGAAGAAUUACCGAAUGCACCAGUGACACCACAACAUCAUGAAAACGAAGACACCAGAGUAUUCCCUCCAGGUGUAACAGAUCCCUGCUUAUCAAACAAACUGUCAAUGAACCGUGCAGAUCAGUCUGCACCAGCCAGCCCGCCAUCCCACCCCUCAGCUCGCUCAAUAGCUGUCGGAGAGAAUGAACCCCGCUCUGCUUUAUCCCCAUCCCGCAAGUCCCCUCAGCCCUCCAAGCCACCCGAGCCCUCAGUGGAAGACCCGGUCGUCCAAAUUCUCAUCACUUCUGAAAUUCCAAACACCAAACCGUUGCUUGUCCAUCGAAAAAUGUCACAGGGGCUUCGGGAGGUGCGUCUAGAAUGGUGCAAACGCCAAGGACUCACAGCGGGGGCAAAGUCGCCUGUUUACCUAACCUGGCGAGAUCGACGGCUAUUUGAUGUGACAACUUGCAGGACCUUGGGGAUCAAACCGGAAAAUAACACUCGAGCGCUCUUAGAGAUGGAUGAUGAUAUUCUUACAGGCCCAAAAGAAUUGCGAAUUCAUAUGAAAGCCGUGACAGAUGACCUUCUUUUGCUCAACCGGUCUGGCUCUUAUGCUGAGGUGGGCCAGCCGUCUCCAGCUCCACUGAGCCCCGGCAACCAACCAAAUGAAGAGAAUGAACCGAUGAAAUUGACUUUCCGCAGCCCGGGGCUGAACGACUUGAAGAUCAAAGCAAGACCUAAGAUACGAGUGUCUAAGCUUAUAACCGUAUUUAGAGAUAGCCAGAAACUCUCGGCAGAUCAAGACAUAUCUCUUAUAUUUGACGGUGAUCCAUUGGACCCAAGCACUUGUCUUGGUGACCACGAUAUUGCAGAUCUUGAUUUGGUGGAUGUGCAGAUCAAACCACAAAUCUAG